AUGAACUCGGCCCGCACGGAAUACGCCCGCUCAAGCUGGUACACCCCCCUCCGCCUCGACCCCUGGGGCGAGAACCUCUUUGUCUGCACCUCCAACACGGCGCACACCGCCCUUCGAGCCAAGCUCGCAAACGGGUACAACGCGAAGGAGGUCCCGUCGUUGGAGAGCGACAUCGAGCACAUCAUUAGCAAACUUGUGUCCUAUAUCAGGAAGCGAUGCAUUUCCGAGCCACGCGGCCCGACGAGGAAGGUGGACUUUGCGAGAAUCUCCCAGUUCUUCACGCUCGAUGUUAUCACCAGAGUCGCUUAUGGGAAGGAGUUUGGGUAUCUAGACCGGAACGAGGACAUGUUUGACUGGAUCAGAACGAUCAACGACCAGGCGGCGUGGUUGGGCAUUAUGAGUGAUUGGCCUGUUGUGGGCAAGAUCUUGACGAACAAGCACGUCCUCGCGGUUGUUGGGCCGGAGAAGAAGUCUGGCGGGGGGGUGGGAGGGAUUAUGAAGAUGGCUGAGGAGAUCGUCGCCGAGAGGUUCGCCCCUGGGGCGGAGAAGGAUAGGAAGGACAUGCUCGGGGCCUUUGUCCGGCAUGGGGUUACGCAGCGGGAGUGCGAGGUGGAGGUGCCGUUUCAGAUUGUGGCGGGGAGUGACACUACGGCUGUGGCGGUGAGGGGGGUGGUGCUGUAUUUGGCGGCGUGUAGGAGGGUUUAUUUGAGAUUGCAGAAAGAAAUUGACGACGGGGUGAGGGAGGGGAGGAUUUCGAGUCCGGUGAAGAAUGAGGAGGGGAAGAGGUUGGAGUUGUUGCAGGCUGUGAUUUAUGAGACUCUUCGCAUGCAGCCUCCUAUUAUGGCCCUACUGCUCAAGCAAGUACCGCCUCAGGGGGAUUACAUCAACGGCCAGUUUAUCCCCGGUGGCACGAGGGUCGGGCAGAACGCCUGGGCGAUCAUGCAAGACAAAGCCCUCUUUGGCGAAGAUGCCGAUGUGUUUCGACCUGAGAGGUGGCUCGAGGUUGACCCCGUGACCAAGAGGAAGAUGGCCGAUACGGUCGAGAUGAUUUUUGGGUAUGGGAGAUGGGUCUGCCUCGGCAAGCCGAUGGCUUUUAUGGAGUUGAACAAGGUCAUUGUUGAGGCAAGGCCCUCGAUUGAUUAG